AACUGCCUCUGGCCACUGGUGCCCUUCUCCUUGACUUUCCGUUCCAUCGUAGGCUGUGAAGAAAAGAAACCGCCAACAUGUCUGAGAAGAAAAUGAAUUCGAGCCGCAGGCAUCAUCUCAAGAGUUUGAUGCUCCAGAUUGCGGCGACCAUGAUUGUUCAGGAGAAGAAGGACAUCAUAGAAGCCAAAAAGGCCUACAUGGCUGAAGCCGUCCCAGCAUCAAGCAUGAGUGGAGACCAAGCCACACUAAUGGAAACCUGCAAAAAGCUGCACGCCCUUAUUGACAGAGUGGAUGAAGAGAGGUACGACCUGGAGUCCAAAGUGGGCAAGGCCGAUAAAGAGAUCGAUGAUUUGAAGAUCAAAGUGGUGGACUUGGCAGGCGUGAAGAAGCCCGCUCUGAAGAAAGUGCGUAUGUCUGCCGACGCCAUGCUGAAAGCUCUGCUGGGCUCCAAGCACACAGUCAACAUGGACCUGAGGGCCAACCUGAAGCAGGUCAAGAAGGAGGUGAAAGAGGAGCCUUCAGAGCAAGUCGGCGACUGGCGUAAGAAUAUUGAGGACAAGGCUGACAGGAAGAAGAUGUUCGAGACUUCCUAAAGAACUUAACUCUUUCUUUAUGCCGGUUCAUAGUACUUUUUUGGGGGAAUUUAUGAUUUCUUUCAUCGAUUUCAAAAAAACUUUUCUUUCAUUAAAACUGUAAAUUUCAGC